GUGACUGACGCAGGCGCCAUUACAGGAGAAGUCUCUCCUGAGGCGACUGUGUCGGCUAAAGUUGUCAGUCUCCCGCAAUGCUCGGGAAGGACGAAGAGGCUGACUAAAUGCUCAAGAUUACACAGCAUAAGGAAGGAGAGUGAGAAGGGCGACGCGGCUUGACACGGGGGGGGCCGCCGCCGUCCUGGGUGGCGCCGAGUUGUGUUUUGGCAGGGAGCUACAUCCGGAAAAAGCAUUAAUCAGCGCCCGCCCCCACCGUGGUGCGAAUAAGAACACGUUUUUACCCCCAUCUUUCUCCCGUGGCAUCCCAUCGUCAUCCACGCCCCCACACCCCCAACCUCUUGUUUUAAUGCAUGGGCCAGAGGUCUCGGACGACCUGCCAUUCAAAGCCGGGUGCAUUUUAGGAUGCCAAGAGGGUCAGCUCGGACUCGUUAGCAACACAAUCAGCUAAUCGUGGAUUUAGCAUUUGGGGCGCUGCCCCUCCGCAGAGCCCUGAAGGCUCCGGAGGAGGAUCAGAGACGCUUUUAUUUUCCUUUAGAAUUCCUGUUUUGCAGACAGCAAUGGCAGCCCGAGUACUUGUAAUCGGCAGUGGAGGAAGGGAGCAUACCCUGGCCUGGAAACUUGCACAGUCUAGUCAUGUCAAACAUGUGUUGGUUGCCCCAGGAAAUGCAGGCACUGCCUGCUUGGAAAAGAUUUCAAAUACCGCCAUCUCCAUCAGUGACCACACUGCCCUUGCUCAGUUCUGCAAAGAUGAGAAAAUUGAAUUCGUGGUUGUUGGACCAGAGGCACCUCUGGCUGCUGGAAUCGCUGGGAACCUGACAUCUGCAGGAGUGCGAUGCUUUGGUCCCACUGCAGAAGCAGCUCAAUUAGAGUCCAGCAAGAGAUUUGCCAAAGAGUUUAUGGACCGACAUGGAAUCCCAACUGCACGGUGGAAAGCUUUCACCAAACCUGAAGAGGCCUGCAGCUUUAUAAUGAGUGCAGACUUCCCUGCUUUGGUUGUAAAGGCCAGUGGUCUUGCAGCUGGAAAAGGGGUGAUUGUUGCCAAGAGCACAGAAGAGGCCUGCAAGGCUGUACAGGAGAUUAUGCAGGAUAAAGCUUUUGGAGCAGCUGGAGAAACAAUUGUCAUCGAAGAACUUCUUGAAGGAGAAGAGGUGUCUUGUCUGUGCUUCACUGAUGGAAGGACUGUGGCCCCCAUGCCUCCAGCACAAGACCAUAAGCGAUUGCUGGAAGGAGAUCAUGGCCCCAACACAGGGGGAAUGGGGGCCUAUUGUCCAGCACCUCAGGUUUCUAAGGAUUUGUUCCUGAAAAUAAAAAACACCAUUCUUCAGAGAACAGUGGAUGGCAUGCAGCAGGAGGGCAUGCCAUACACAGGUGUUCUCUACGCUGGUAUAAUGCUGACCAAGGAGGGCCCAAAAGUUCUGGAGUUUAAUUGCCGUUUUGGUGAUCCGGAGUGCCAAGUGAUCCUCCCACUUCUUAAAAGUGAUCUUUAUGAAGUGAUUCAGUCUACCUUGGAUGGCCUGCUCUGCACAUCUCUGCCUGUUUGGCUUGAUAACCGUGCUGCCAUAACUGUGGUAAUGGCAAGUAAAGGCUAUCCAGGAGAUUACACCAAGGGUGUGGAGAUAACAGGGUUUCCCGAGGCUCAAGCUUUAGGACUGGAGGUAUUCCAUGCAGGCACUGCCCUGAAAGAUGGCAAAGUGGUGACUAACGGGGGUAGAGUCCUUACGGUAACAGCAAUCCAGGAAAAUCUCCUCUUGGCCCUUGAAGAAGCAAAGAAAGGACUAUCUGCUAUAAAAUUUGAGGGAGCCUUUUACAGGAAGGACAUUGGCUAUCGUGCCAUAGCCUUCUUCCAGCAGCAGCCCAGGGGCCUGACUUACAAAGAAUCUGGGGUAGACAUUGCAGCUGGAAAUAUGCUGGUCCAAAAAAUUAAACCUUUAGCCAAAGCUACUUCCAGACCAGGCUGUGAUGUUGAUCUUGGAGGUUUUGCUGGUCUUUUUGAUUUGAAAGCAGCUGGUUUCAGAGAUCCUCUUCUGGCAUGUGGAACAGAUGGUGUUGGAACUAAACUGAAGAUUGCCCAGCAGUGUGAUAAACAUGAUACUAUUGGUCAAGAUUUGGUUGCAAUGUGUGUCAAUGACAUUCUAGCUCAAGGGGCUGAGCCCCUUUUCUUCCUCGAUUACUUUUCCUGUGGAAAACUUGACCUCGAUACAACUGAAGCAGUUGUCACUGGAAUUGCCAGAGCUUGCAGAAAAGCUGGAUGUGCUCUCCUUGGAGGUGAAACUGCAGAAAUGCCUGACAUGUAUCCUCCGGGAGAAUAUGACCUAGCUGGUUUUGCCGUUGGUGCCAUGGAGCGGGAUCAGAAACUUCCUCACCUGGAAAGAAUCACCGAAGGGGAUGUUGUUAUUGGAAUAGCUUCAUCUGGUCUUCACAGCAAUGGAUUUAGCCUUGUCAGGAAAAUUGUAGCAAAAUCUUCCCUCCAGUACUCGUCUCCAGCACCCGAUGGCUGUGGUGACCAGACCUUAGGGGACUUACUUCUAACUCCAACCCGAAUCUACAGCCAUUCGCUGUUACCUGUCCUACGUUCAGGACAUGUGAAGGCCUUUGCCCAUAUUACUGGUGGAGGAUUGCUAGAAAACAUCCCCAGAGUCCUUCCUCAGAAAUUUGGGGUGGAUUUAGAUGCCCAAAGCUGGAGGAUCCCCAGGAUCUUUUCAUGGCUACAGCAGGAAGGACACCUCUCUGAAGAAGAGAUGGCGAGAACAUUUAACUGUGGAGUUGGGGCUGCCCUCGUGGUAUCAAAGGAUCUGACGGAGCAGAUUCUGAAGGAUAUUAAGCAGCACAAGGAAGAAGCCUGGGUGAUUGGCAAAGUGGUGGCAUGUCCUGAAGGUUCUCCUCGUGUGAAAGUCAGGCAUCUGAUAGAAACUAUGCAAAUAAAUGGGUCAGUAUUGGGGAAUGGCACCCUGAAAAAUCAUUUCUCUGUUCAACCAAAAAAGGCAAGAGUGGCUGUCUUAAUAUCUGGAACAGGAUCAAACCUGCAAGCUCUUAUAGACAGUACUAGGGAGCCCAGUAGCUGUGCACACAUUGUUGUUGUUAUCUCCAACAAAGCUGCAGUGGCUGGUUUAGAUAAAGCAGAAAGAGCUGGAAUUCCCACCAGAGUAAUCAACCAUAAAUUAUAUAAAAGUCGUGUAGAAUUUGACACUGCCAUUGACCAAGUCCUUGAAGAGUAUUCCACAGACAUAGUCUGUCUUGCAGGAUUCAUGAGAAUUUUAUCUGGGCCCUUUGUCAGAAAAUGGGAUGGGAAGAUGCUCAACAUCCACCCCUCCUUGCUCCCUUCUUUUAAGGGUUCAAAUGCCCAUGAGCAAGCCCUGGAAGCUGGGGUCACAGUCACUGGGUGUACUGUGCACUUUGUAGCUGAAGAUGUAGAUGCUGGACAAAUUAUUUUACAAGAAUCUGUUCCAGUGAAGAGAGGUGACACUGUUGCAACUCUGUCGGAAAGAGUGAAAUUAGCAGAGCAUAAAAUAUUUCCCGCAGCCCUCCAGCUGGUAGCCAGUGGAGCUAUAAGGCUUGGAGAAAAUGGCAAGAUCCGUUGGGUCACAGAGGAUUGAAACCUCCCAAUUCGGGAAUAGGGCCAAUUCUGAACAAAGUCUGAACAAAAGCUAUUUGCAUGGUGAGUUUUAUCAUGGACUCAGCUGAGAAGAACAGCUGCUAAAAAAGAGGCCCUCACCUUCACCUCUGGCCAUUUUUUUUUUUUUUUUUUUUUUUUAAUGAACAGAGAUUUGUUAAAAACAAGACUGGUGCAGCCUAUCUAAGACCUGUGUGUGUCCCUUCCAGUGGUCUUUCAGGGUUUACCUGUUCCAGACCUUCUUGUUCAAAAUCAAGUUGGUCAUUCAGAAUUCCUUUCACUUUCAGCCAGAUAAGAUACCAAAGCUCUUUGUCCUUCUUAAUGUUAACCACCUCUAUUUUUUGUAGUUAUAUGUUCUCUAGUAUUUGAAGAGUUAACCAACAAGACUACUAAGUUAAUAUCUUUGCCCUGUAUUAUGUAUCUGUACUGGUUUGAAUUGAGACUAAGCAUAAUUUAGUGUCAUAAAAUUUGUGUGUAGCUCUCAGCUCUGAGGGAUAGUGUACUUUCUGCUUUGAAAUAUUAUUAAACAUCCCUCUGAUUAUUGACAGUUUCUUUACUACCCAGAUUUUAGCUUCACAGUGAUUCUACAGAUUAUCAACAUUCAUACUCUGGUAACUACUAGAAGGUUAAAGAGAGUUUUGGUGGCAUCUAGAUUCAAACAUAGGACUAGGGCAUGUUACUCAUUCUCUUUGUCUCUGUCUCCCCAUCUACUAAGGUAGGCAAAUACCUGUUACGGUUGUCUUGAUAAUUAUGUUAAUGUGUGUGAAAUGCCAAAAACCAUGCUUAGCAUAGAGUAGGCACUCAGACGUCAGCAUUUAUUUCAUAGUUCUUCCCAGUUACGAAAGCUAUGGUAAUUUAGUAUGACUUCAACAAAUAUAUCUUGAACAUAAAAUUGAGAAUGGUGAUAAAUAGAAUAUUGGAAGUAUGGUAAGUAUGUUUGGGAGGAGUGAGAGCAAGUGGAAAGCAAUCUACCCAGACUAAUAAAGAGUAUAAUGGCACUGUG